AAGUCAUAGCAGUUGCUAGAUGUUUCUAGUGUAUGCUAUAAGCCUAUAUAUUUGUUUCACAGUCUAAAUUCAGAGCUCAUCUACAUAAUUCUAGACUCAAUCACUCUACAGUGGUCCAUUUUGCUUCAAAGUUGGGAAAUCUUCUGUGAUCGGUAAUAAUGGGAAAGUGCUAUCCGAAAGUGAGCGAAGAGUAUGAAAAAGCAGUAGAGAAAUGUAAGAGAAAGCUUAGAGGACUCAUUGCUGAGAAGAAUUGUGCUCCUAUUAUCCUCCGAUUGGCAUGGCAUUCAGCAGGGACAUAUGAUGUCAAAACCAAAACUGGCGGUCCAUUCGGGACAAUCAGGCACCUUGAUGAACUUAAACAUGCAGCUAACAAUGGUCUUGACAUUGCUGUUCGGCUUUUGGAGCCAAUUAAGGAGCAAUUUCCAAUCCUAUCCUAUGCCGACUUUUAUCAGUUGGCUGGCGUUGUGGCUGUUGAAGUCACGGGAGGCCCUGAUAUUCCAUUUCACCCAGGGAGACAGGACAAGACAGAACCACCUCCGGAAGGCCGCUUGCCUGAUGCCACUAAAGGCUCAGACCAUCUGAGAGAGGUUUUUGGACACAUGGGGCUGAGUGAUAAAGACAUUGUUGCUUUAUCUGGUGGUCACACUCUGGGAAGGUGCCACAAAGAACGCUCAGGAUUUGAGGGAGCAUGGACUAACAACCCUUUGAUAUUUGAUAAUUCAUAUUUCAAGGAACUCCUGAGUGGAGAGAAAGAAGGUCUCCUCCAGCUACCAUCAGACAAAGCACUCCUAGAAGAUCCAGUCUUCCGCCCUCUCGUCGAGAAAUACGCUGCAGAUGAAGAUGCCUUCUUUGCUGACUAUGCUGAAGCUCAUUUGAAGCUUGCAGAGCUUGGAUUUGCAGAUGCUGAAUAAGGUGUGGUGAGAAAGCUGUUCAAUGGUCUUUGGAGAUUUAUCUGAUUCUUCCAAAUUUUCAUUUGUACUACUAUGUGCAAAACUUUAUUUAUUAAGGUCUGAGACCAACUUUUCCUAUACUAUAUGAAUUGAGGAAUAUGUUGGGGCUCAAGAGUCUUGUAAUCUGCAACUUUUGUGUCGAUAUGUCGAUCUUGGUAUAUAAGCUGUUUAUUAUGGUAUGAUAUGACUUUCUACAUGUUUUGAUUGUGACAUUGAUAAAUUAAUUGUACGUUUCUCUUGUGGUUUAUAUUUUUA